CGCCGCCCGUUGUCUCGGCAACGGCGCCUGAGGUGCUGGCGGCGGCGGCGGGGACGGGGCCGUAGCGCUGCUGGCCUCCGCGUCCCGAGCGCCGCCCCCGCCUGUGGCCGGGGGUCCCUCCGCUCGGUACGGCCGCCCGCUCUGCUGCCAGCCUGUGAAGAAGAAUGUCGUUAUUUAAAGCUCGAGACUGGUGGUCCACCGUACUUGGGGAGAAGGAAGAAUUUGAUCAAGGCUGUCUGUGUGUUGCUGAUGUCGAUAAUAGCGGCCAAGAUAAAAUUAUUGUGGGCAGUUAUAUGGGAUAUCUCCGUAUCUUUAAUCCGCAUCCUGUGAAACCUGGAGAUGGAGUGCAAGCUGAGGACUUGCUCUUGGAAGUGCAGUUACGAGAGCCAAUACUACAGGUCGAAGUGGGAAAAUUUGUUUCUGGUACUGAAGGACUUCAUCUGGCUGUGUUGCAUUGCCGAAAACUCUGUGUGUACGCUGUUUCAGAAACUCUGGGGAAUGUGGAACAUGGUAACCAGUAUCAGAUCAAACUGAUGUAUGAGCACCAUCUUCAGCGAACUGCUUGUAAUAUGACUUACGGACCAUUUGGUGGUGUAAAAGGUCGAGAUUUGAUAUGUAUACAGUCCAUGGAUGGGAUGCUAAUGUUAUUUGAACAGGAAAGCUAUGCUUUUGGCCGUUUUUUACCUGGUUUUCUUCUGCCUGGUCCCUUGAGUUACAGCUCUCGGACAGAUUCUUUCAUUACAGUGUCUUCCUCUCGACAAGUUGAGAGUUACAAAUACCAAGUGCUGGCAUUUGCAACAGAUGCUGAUGGAAGACGAGAAACAGUACAACAAAAACUUAGUUCUGGAAAAAAACUUGUGGUGGAUUGGGUUCUCAACAUCGGAGAACAAGCACUGGAUAUAUGCAUUGUCUCCUUUAAUCAGGCAGUUUCUUCUGUUUUUGUACUUGGUGAGAGAAGCCUCUUCUGCCUUAAGGAUAAUGGACAAAUUCGCUUCAUGAAAAAGCUUGAUUACAGUCCAAGUUGCUUCAUUCCUUAUUGUUCAGUGAAAGAAGGAACAAUAAACACUCUAGUUGGAAGCCAUAGUAAAAUGCUGUAUGUUUAUCAAGACAUUACACUGAAAUGGGCCACUCAACUUCCCCAUGUUCCUGUAUCAGUAAAAGUAGCCAAUUUACAAGAUCUGAAGGGUGUUAUAGUUACUCUGAGUGACAACGGACAUCUGCAGUGUUCCUACCUUGGUACUGAUCCUUCGGUCUUCCAGGCUCCUAGGGUUGAUUCUAAGGAAAUAAACUAUGAAGAAUUCAACGCUGAAAUGAAGGAGCUUCAGAAAAUCAUCAAGGAAGCCACAAAAACACAAGAUAUUUUGCCCCAGUCUGAAAAACACAGAGAUCUAAUUGUCACUGCAGAAGUUUCACCAGACUUGGAUGCAGAAUCCAAAGCCAUUGACAGUGAAGUAAAAGCAGAGGUAGUACCGUCAGUCACAGUAAAGGUAACAGUACAGAGCAGAGUGACUGCGCAGAAACCAUACCUGGUAGUAUGUGUACAAGCUCCAUUAGCAGUGACCUGUGACCGGUUCACCUUUAGUGAUUUAGAACCAGGAUCAUCUGAAACUGUGGUCCUAUCUGUCUUUUUGAAGGGAAAUUUUCCUCCAUCAGAACUAGAAGGAAAUUGUGUGUUUUCAUGUAAUACACCAACAGGAAUACCAAAAGUUGCCCAGUGUAAAUUCAAGCUGCCUUUGAGGUUAAUUUGCUUUCCAGCUCAACCUUCAAAAUCAGCAAACCACAAGAUAACUAUUGAUACCAAUAAACCUCCCAUCAGUUUUCUCACCAUUUUUCCAGACUUUGCUGAUCCAUCUGAGGAUGACCAGGCAAAUGUUCUGGGAUUUCAGUUCUUAACGGGUUCAAAAAUCACUCUUCUUGCUUCAAAAACAUCACAACGAUAUAGGAUCCAAAGUGAUCAAUUAGAAGACCUUUGGCUAAUAACAAAAGAAUUAACACUUAGACUGGAAGAGCACUUCAAAAAGCAAAAUUGCAAAGACUUUGCAUGUACCUUUUCUGGUUCAAUUCCUCUACAAGAAUACUUUGAACUAAUUGAUCAGCAUUUCGAGCUACGCUUGAAUGCUGAAAAAUUUCGGGAGCUGUUAUCUGAAAGGGCAAUACAAUUUAGAGCUAUUGAGCGACGAUUGCUGACACGAUUUAAAGAUAAAACUCCUGCUCCUCUUCAACAUCUGGACACCUUGCUAGAAGGAACAUUCAGAGAGGUAAUAGCUCUAGCAGAUGCAGCAGAAGAAAAUCAAGCCAAUGUGUUCCAGGCAUUCACAAAGUUGAAAAGUGCCACUCAUCUUGUGAUUAUGCUGAUCAGCCUAUGGCAGAAACUCAACGCUGAUCAAGUUGCUAUUGUGGAAGCUACAUUUUUGCCGUUAGCGGAAGAUACACAAGAGCUGGGAUGGGAAGAAACUGUGGAUUCUGCCAUUUCUUUCUUGCUAAGAACUUGCUUGUCAAAGAGCUCUAAGGAACAAGCCCUGACUCUUAGCAGCCAGUUAAGCAUGCCCAAAGAUACUACCAGACUUAAGAAGAACAUCAGCCUAUUCUGUGAUAGAUUGGCCAAAGGUGGUCGACUUUCUUUGAGCACCGACACAGCCACUCAACAAACCGCUGUUGUGCCAGGUGGCUGUGCUACAAUCCCAGAGUCUGACUUAGAGGAACAAGCAGUUGUACCGGGCUCCACAGCAGUGUUCACCAAUCACAGGCACACUGCAAAGCAGAAAUCCAACCCUGUCUGUUACCCUGAGUGUCAUGAACAGGAUGAUGGACCGUGGAGCAUUGUGCAAUACCCUGGCUAUGUAUCAGAAUCCUGAAGACUAGGUUUGUCUGAAGAUGCAGCAGAGGAAGUGGAAAAGCCAUGAAAUAUGAAGACGACCCUCAGGAGGAAUUUCUAUCUGAUAUCAAAUGUGUUUAUAGUGCAACAGUACCGAUCCUUUUUACUCUGUAUUGAUUACAGCCUUCAGGAGAGGACUGUAAUAAUUCAUACAAAAAAAGUUCAGUUCUAAUCAUUUCAGUCAGGUCUUCCUGCCAACUACUAGCAUCUUUUCUGUGAGCUAAGCUUAUGCACUUACUCAACUGUGGUAGGGAUGUUGUGUUAAGUUUUGUGAUACAUCAGCCCUUCCUAAGGAUUCUGUUGAUUGAUCAAAGACUGUUUACAUAUAGUUAAAAGCAACCUUUGUUUCAGGAUAUGUUUUAUCUGUUUUUAAGAUAUUCUGAACUAUACCUCCCUUUGAGAUUAUAUUAACAUUUGCUAUAUCACAGCUUUGACAAAAGAUAACUAUCUCCUUUCCUCCUGUACUAACAUUCACCAUUCCAGACAGCUGAAUUCACCACAAGAAGGAAAACUGGUAAUCCAUCAACUCUUUUUUGCUCCCCCCCCCCCCCCCAUUGCUUAUACAAACUCCUGCUCUCAGGAGAUACAGGGUAAAAUAUGGUUACUGGACAUAAAGGGCAACCCCUUUUGCCAUUAACAAUGUCACUACUACGUGAAUAAAGUUUACAAUUUAAGUACCCUGAGCACAGCAACACAUGGAUCUUUUUAUGGUUACCUGUUAUUUCUGCUUUUCUUGUCGUUCAGCCUGUUCUAGUUAUGGGUUAGACUUUCAAAAGUAACUAGCAGUUUUUGAGUGCCUUAAUUUUAAUGAAUCCAGUUGGAGGGGGCUUAGAGGUUUCAUUUUUUAUUAAGUGCAGAGUACUCACAUUCUGAAAAUCAGGUCCACACGAGGCGCCUGAAAUGCAACACCCAGCAAUGGAAACAAGCCGAACACCUUUGUGAACCUUGGCCUAAGGUUUGGAAGUGUCACACUCAUGUCUGACUUCCUGAGAGUGAGCUGAAUGUGAUAUCAGAAGAAGAUAUUUGGAACUGAAACUAAGUGAGACCUGAGUCAAUAGUAAAGACAGACAUCUGAACAUGGUCUCUCUUGGCUACAGCUGGUUCAUAAAAAAUUAGAAACUGGUUUUUUUUAGAUUACAGAUACAGAAAGUAUUGCAGGUCUCAGCUUAGUUUCUGCAAUGGCACGAGCCAUUUCCACUUCCCACUCUCCCGUUGAUUUCAUGAACUCCGGUUCUAACCAUAGAAAAGGUACUUCCAACUCACUUUUCUACUGUUUUGGCAAGGGUUGUGACAGUUGCUGUGGUCUGUACUGGACUUGAUCUAUGGAUUAAAAGGAGACAUUUUUCAGGAUCUGUUAGGCCUACAACUUUCAUCGCCUUCAUAUUUUCUUUCAACCUUUUUGCAUCCACCCCCAAAACAAAACCAGUUUGCAACAAUUGUGGAUUUGCUGGUUAAUCCUCUGGUCCUACUCUGGCUCAGUAACCAUGAUAAAUGCAUUUCACUGAGUCCUUUUCAGCAUGUUAGCCAUUACAUGGAACAAAAUGGCCAGGACACUGGGUAAGGCUUCUGAUACCUCUGGAACUGAAGUGAUCAGAGCCUCACAAUAAAAAAGACUCUGUACCUGAGGAGACCUCGGAUAUCUGAAGUUGUGAUGGUAGGAUUCUUGCCUCUUUCCCAGGAAGGAAAAAUCCUACACCCUACUUGUUAUGCAGGGAUUCUGCUGGUUGAAUUUCCUUCACUCUGAUCCCUCCCCCAUGGUUUUUGUCAAGAGGGCAGUAUCCAACCCAUUGUAAAGGUAUCCUGCUGGCUGUGAAAAUUACCCAAUAAAAUAAUCUCCUGUAGUUUCUGUACACACCUCAAUGACCAAAGAAAAUCCAUGGAGAACUAAUCAAUUACUGUAGCUAUUAGGCUUAAACUUUAACUAUAGAUCUCAAAUCUUCUUUUGUGAGUGGCUGCUAGGUAAUCUAGAAAAAUCCUCUACAGUCUACUAUUUUUUAGCCAUGCUCUGUAAGUGCCAUUAUGCUGUAGAAUCCUGGACCAAAGAAUCCUAAGCUCUAUGUGUAUGAUAUUAGCUGGAAAAUACACUACUGUGAGAAAUAUAUUACUUUGUCAUAAUUAUUGUUAUUGAAUGUGAUCCCAGUGCUCUUUGCUGCCUUGAUUCAUCAAGAAUGUAGGGUAAACAAGUGGGCACUCAGGUCAAUUAUUUCAUACACUCUUGUUUUCUAUCAUUUUAACAUGUAAGACUCAGAAGCACUCUUAUUUGUCUUUUCUCCUCCAUGCUUUGUAAAAUGAGGUCUCAUGAGAAUGCUGUUAGAGAAAGGGGAAAAUAUGCUGGUAAUAAAGAAAAAAAAAGGGUAGACUACAGUCAUAAUGUAUGACCUCUUUGUAUAUUGUGCUAAAUUGUGGAUUUUUAUAGUAUCAUCAAGAUUUAAGAGAGAAAUACAGUUGUUUUGAGUAAAAAUCAUUUUGUUUCCCCCAAUGCCAAAUAGUCCAGCUAAUUCAGAGGAAGGAAGUAGUUGAAAUGUAGACAUUUGCACACCAGACUAAGAGGAAAUAUUGUAAAGUAAUUCUUAGCAGUUUUCAAAUGUCAUUUGAAUUUUUAAGGAAGAUCUUUUCGGCUGGAGAAAAAAAAAAUAAGGCUGAUUACUGGAGUUUUGAAGUUAAAGAGUUGGCCAACCAAAAAUGUAAGGAAACACUGGAAGUUUAUGGGGUCCAAAUAUUUGGUUCACACUGACAAUGUCUCUGAGGCCAAAAAAACAUUGCUGACCAAUCAAAUUAUUCUGAACAGGAUUUUAGAAUAAUGCCUAAUCAACUGUUUGGUUUCUUAUAAGAUUACAAUAUUUUCAGGUAAAGUGGAGUCUGUAAUAUAAAUGUCAUAUCUAGAAACCUAGUGUUUUGUUCUGCAAAAAGAUUACUCAUAUAAGAAAUGUUACUUUCUGAACUUAAAUAUGCAGUCUGUUUGAAUAUUUAGCUAUUCAAGGAGAAUUUUAUAUUUUUAGUUGGCUCAAAGAUAAAAAUUAAUUUUAAUUGAUGGUUCUAUUAAAAUGAAUUUUGGAUACUUAUAUCUAAAGUGAAUUUUGUAAUAUUUUGAAAACCAAACAGAGGGUCUUGGCAACUUUUUUAUUAUAUUUGUGCUAUAGCACUUUGAAAUGUGUUUUCUAAAGUAAGUCCUAACCUAAAAUAUAUACUUUUUUUUUUUGUUGUUAAACAGGUGAAUGUUUUGUGGUUGUUGUUUUAUGAAUGUUAUUGUAUAAGGGCUUUUCUUUCAUUUUAUUGUCAUGGUGUUGAUGUUUAGAAAAACAGAUUAAAACAAUUACUGCUCUGAUGACCAAAAUCUGGAGGUUUGGGCUCUGAGGGUUUUUUGGGCUUUGAACACAAUGCUGAGUUCAAUCCAGGACUGUGUUUUCCAGUCCCAGAUUGAUUCUUCUGUCCAACUAUUAUUAAACUGUGGCACAGAAAAACAUUAUUCCUUUAUUUGCAAAAGGUUGCAUUUUGUUUUCAUGGUAUCUUGUCUUUUCUUCACCAUUUACUGUACAGAGAGUGUUAAGAGAUAGGUUUUGAUAUCGUUGUAUUGUUUGUAAAGAAUAGUUCACUAACAUAAAAUGAAAUUUGCUGAGCAGAGAUUGUGUUUGUAUGUCAAAUCCUUUCAACAUAAAAAAUACAGGUUAUGUACCAUA